AGCCCAAUCAUUGGCAUCAAUCGACUAAACCUCUAAAACGACAGCAAAGAGGAAUGCCUUACAAAGAUGUAGACCCGCUUGCGGACACUAUUUCUCCGCGCUAUGCAUAUGAAUCGGAUGACGAAGACGAGACUGGGCUUGCAGACGUCGAUCUUAGUUCUGGGACAAAUAUUGCUCCCGACGUACCUGCUGUGGAAAUUACCUUCCUACCAGACGAGAAGAAGCAAGAGGAAUAUGGAAAUAUUCUAAUAGUUGCGAGUGGUGUUGUGGGAGCUGUGUGGGCGCGUGGUGCACACCUUGGUGAACAGGUCGGGCAGGUGAACGUCAAUAAACGUGCGGUUGGACUGGUUUUCCAGCCAUCAUGGACUAGCCAGGGUACGAAAGGCACGGUCCUCGUGUCAGAGGCAUUCGUACGCCUUCCUGUAUGGGCGAUGAACGCGUAUGCAGCAGCUGUACUUGAGCGUUACAAGCCAUCCAAGGUUAUUCUACUUGACGCUUACAGUACUGCGACAUACAUCUCUCUGAUUCCCAUUGCUCAUCACGAAGCUCCGCUACGGUAUCUAAGUACUGACCGCACACCACCUUCGUCAAAGGCACCGCUCUCCCUUUUUACGCCUCCAAAUCUACUACAGUCCACGACGGCUGCAUUUCUUAACCUACUUGCCCUUCCGAAUAUCCCAUCGCAGUCUCAAAAAUCGAAAUUUGGUUUAGGAAUUCUAGUCCCUUCCAGGCGUGCCCCGCUUCCUACUCCCAGGAGCCUUUCUCGUGAAGACGAAGCGGAUACAGAGACGAGUGCCAUUCUUAGCUUAGCUGCCCUUGCCAGUAUAGAAGACUCGGAGGAUUGGGAUCCUGCAUUAUUGAAGGCGGCUCAUUCAGCUGUAUUCGAGGCUGCAGGGCUAGGUACAUCAAGUGCUGAAUGGACAGACUCAAGAUCUUCAGAGAGGAAAGGAGAAGGAGUGAAAGCCAGCCCAAAACGACGAAGGUUCAUCGAAACGGAAGGAGGCAUGUACAUAUGAAGAAUAAAAU